CCCGCCUCUGCCGCCGCAGCCGCCGCGGGUCCGGGCCUGGGCAGGCGGCGGCGGGGCCAUGCUGGGCAAGGACUACAUGCUGGCCAUCGUCCUGGUCAACUGCGACGACAAUCUCUGGAGCGACCAGAGCCUGGAGACAGACCCCGACCUCCCCCCAGGCUGGAGGAAAAUCUGUGACUCUCUGGGCACCUACUACUGGCAUGUGCCAACGGGCACGACGCAAUGGCAGCACCCUGCACGCACCACCAGCCCAGGAGGGCACCCGGAGGCUGAUGGAGAGGAGACACUACAGGGAAGGGAAUGCCAGGCCCCCGGAGCGAAGCACUCGGCAAAGGACAGGCCCAUUCCCAGCCCCAUGGCUUCACUGACCCGGAGGCCCUCAUUGUCCUGGCAUGGAGAGGACAUCCAGCACAGCGCAGAGCCCGGCUCCAAGUGCUUCGCUGUGCGCUCGCUGGGCUGGGUGGAGAUCCCCGAGGAGGACCUGGCACCGGGCAAGAGCAGCAUCGCCGUCAACAACUGCAUCCAGCAGCUCUCCAACAGCAAGGGCCAGGGCUCCGCGGAGAACCGGGGUGAGGGCCAGGACCUGGUGAUGAUCCUGAAGAAGGACACCAUGAGCCUGGUGGACCCCCUCGACCGCAGCCUCAUCCACCGCCAGCCCAUCCUCAACAUCCGUGUCUGGGGCGUUGGCUGCAACAAUGGCAGGGACAGAGACUUUGCCUUUGUGGCCAGUGACAAGGACACCUGCGUCCUCAAGUGUCAUGUCUUCCACUGCAACGUGCCCGCCAAGGGCAUCGCCAAGGCCCUGCAUGAAAUGUGCUCCAAGAUCGUGGCUGAGCGAGCCGUGGCCAGCAGCCGCCUGCCCCGCGCUGCCACGCUGGAGCCCAUCUCUACCGAGGACCUGCCACUGCAAGUGGACAUCCUGGAGGCGGUGAGGCAGUCGAUGCAGACCUACGAGGCGCUGUAUAUCGGCAGCCUGCCCGUGCCCAGGGCCAUGGGGAUGGACGUGUUGAACGAGGCCAUCGAGACGCUGACGAGGCGCCCCGGGCGGGAGAGCUGGACGCCCUCCCUCAUCUACGUGUCGGACACGGCCAUGAGGGUUCAGUCGGCGCAGGUUGGAGGGCACGGGGGGCUGCGGCCGGGGUGCCCCCGGCGGGGCGGGCCCGGGGGGCGGCCAAGGCUGGACGAGCCCGCGGGGUGCCCGCAGGAGCCCGAGGAGGCGGCGAACAUCUGGGAGUGCCAGGUGCGGUACGUGACCUUCCUGGGGGUGGGCCGGGACGCGCACACCUUCGCGCUCAUCGUGGACACGGGGCGACGCUUCCAGUGCGCGGCCUUCUGGUGCGAGCCCGACGCCGGCACCAUCUCGGAGGCGGUGCAGGCCGCCUGCAUGGUGCAGUACCAGAAGUGCCUCGUGGCCGCCGCGCCGGGGGCGAAGGCGAAGAGCGGGCCGGGCCGGGGCCGGGCCGGGGCGGCGGCCGCGGGGGACGGAGCCCGAGGGGCGGCCAAGAUGGGGGGGGGCGGCGGGGGGGCGGGUGCCGGGGCCCGCAAGAGGGGCCUCUUCUCCUUCCUGGAGGUUUUCCGCCUCCGGCGGACCCUCCUGCACAGCCCGUAGCGGGCCGGGCCGGGGCCGGGGCCGGGGCUGGAGCCGCCGGGUGG